AUCUCCUACACAGCAGGUGUUUUGAAGAGAAUGGCAGCUUCUUCUCUGAUUUCCUCUCUCCUCCGCUUUUCCCCUUCUACACCUUCUUCCAAUACCAAAAGAGAAAAACCCACUCCCACUCUCAGAUACAUUCUUUCCAAAUCUAUCCUCGAAAAAACACCUAUUUCCAACUCAGUCCCAUUCCUCAACUUCAACAACUUCAACAACAACAACAGCAAAAGCAAGGGCUACAGCAAUCCCUUCCCCUCCAACAAAUCCCCCCUCGAUUCGAUCCUUGUCUUCUGCGCCUCCGUUGCUCUCUCAUUCUCUCUCUUCGCUGCCGACGUUGAUGCUGCCGCCGCCUUCGUCGUCACACCUCCCCGGAAGCUCCAGACCGACGAGCUCACCACCGUCCGGCUCUUUCAGGAGAACACUCCGUCCGUUGUCUACAUCACCAACCUCGCCGUCAGGCAAGAUGUAUUUACGUUGGAUGUACUGGAGGUGCCGCAAGGUUCCGGUUCGGGGUUCGUUUGGGACAAAGACGGGCACGUUGUCACGAAUUAUCAUGUCAUUCGUGGAGCGUCCGAUCUCAGGGUUACUCUUGCUGAUCAAUCAACGUAUGAUGCAAAAGUUGUUGGGUUUGACCAAGAUAAGGAUGUUGCUGUGUUGCGUGUUGAUGCACCAAAGGAUAAACUAAGACCCAUACCUAUUGGUAUUUCUGCGGAUCUGCUUGUCGGUCAGAAAGUAUAUGCCAUUGGAAAUCCUUUUGGCCUUGAUCAUACACUUACGACUGGUGUUAUCAGUGGACUUCGCAGAGAAAUCAGUUCCGCUGCCACUGGACGGCCAAUACAAGAUGUUAUACAGACUGAUGCGGCCAUAAACCCUGGGAAUAGUGGAGGGCCACUCCUAGAUAGUUCAGGAAGUUUAAUUGGGAUAAAUACGGCAAUUUACUCUCCCUCUGGAGCAUCCUCUGGCGUCGGAUUCUCAAUUCCAGUUGACACGGUCAGUGGCAUUGUUGAUCAGUUGGUGAAAUUCGGGAAGGUGACAAGACCUAUCUUAGGGAUUAAAUUUGCACCGGAUCAGUCUGUGGAGCAACUCGGGGUUAGUGGGGUGCUAGUUCUAGAUGCUCCUGCAAAUGGUCCAGCUGGCAAAGCGGGCCUGCAACCAACCAAAAGAGAUGCCUAUGGCCGACUCAUCUUGGGUGAUAUCAUCACAUCCGUGAAUGGUAAAAAAGUCAAUAACGGCAGCGACCUAUACAGAAUCCUUGACCAAUGUAAUGUAGGUGAUAAGGUGACAGUGGAGGUCUUGCGUGGGGAUCAUAAAGAGAAAAUACCUGUGAUACUUGAGCCGAAGGCUGAUGAAUCAUGAUUGCCAGGGCAAGGAAGGUUUAGCGUGGUAAGUGAGAUAGAUCCACACUCCCUUGUAUUUUGUCAAUCAUAUGCAAUUAUCUCUUGAAUUAAUGCCUUUUGAUUUGUGGAGUAAUUUGAUACUUAAACGAGGGAUGUAUUGUACAUAAUUGGCUAAAUUUUAGUGUGAUAUUUACUCAA